AUGGGCUCUCUAAUCUCUUCUGAGUAUGAUUCGCCGCACUACAAAGACUACGACAGCCUUCCGGACCCUCGAAGAGUCUGGACCGGAGCGCCAGGCUCACGCGAAGAAGGUCUUGGCCGUCUUGUGCUCCUCACACCGGAAGUGGUUACCAAAGCGGCAGCCACAUGCAUCAAGACAGGUCGGCGUACAUCCUUGAACUGGGAACUGACGAAACUCGAUAUUGCCAACUUCAAUCGAGCUCCAGCCCAGCACCACAUCGUCUCACUCUUGAAUGGCGCUGCAUAUGACGAUGUCUAUAUCUUCAACCCGCAGCAGUCAUCCCAAUGGGAUGGGCUCCGCCAUUUUUCGGCCCCGGUCCCUACUGAAUCAGAUCCCAAACGUCGCCUGUUCUACGGUGGCGUGACGUCGGGCGAGAUUCAAGACAGGAAUAACACCCGCAUAGGGAUUCAACACUGGGCCAAGGAGGGGAUUUGUGGUCGUGGCGUCUUGCUGGAUUAUGUUGAAUACGCCGUGCGUCAUUCGAUAACAUACACGACAUUUUCGAGCCAUGCUAUACCCCUUCAUGUUCUUCUUGACAUUGCAAAGGAGCAAGAUGUAAAAUUCCGUCGGGGAGAUAUCCUGUUUGUCAGGAUAGGAGUCAUCAAGGAGUGGGAUCAGCAGAUGACUCCAGCUGACAAGCUUGCAUACGCCCAGACCUCGAACCCUCAACAUGCCGGCCUGGAAGGCACUGAGGAGAUGUUGAGAUGGGUUUGGAAUCAAGGCUUCUCGGCAGUAGCCAGUGACGCCAUCUCCUUCGAGGUGUAUCCACCGCAACCGUCUUACAAACGAAGGGGGACGGAUGUUCCAGUGCCAGGGUUAUUCAUGCACGAAUACUUGAUUGCAGGAUGGGGAAUGCCAGUUGGCGAGCUCUUUGAUUUGGAAGCUCUCAGCCGUAUUUGUAAGGAAGAGAAGAGAUGGGAGUUUUUUGUUACAUCGGCGCCUCUUAACAUGCCUGGAGGUGUAAGCAGUCCUCCCAAUUGUAUAGCCAUAUUCUAA